AUGUGGAAACCAACACUACUGCUCGCAGCCGCGCUGGCGGUGCCGUCACAAGCGCUGCACUUCUUCAUGGACGGAGCGGUCCAGAAGUGCUUCUACGAGGAAUUGCCCAAGGACACGCUGGUUGUUGGCCACUACCACGCCGAAGCAUGGGACGACGCAACCAAGACCUACCAAACCAAGCCCGACGUCGGCGUCUUCGUCACCGUGGAGGAGACCUUCGACAACAACCACCGCAUCGUUGCCCAACGGGGUAGCUCGAACGGACGCUUCACCUUCAGCGCUGCCGACAGCGGUCAACAUAGGAUCUGUGUGACACCCCAAAACGUACCCAGCAGCGGCGGUGGCUGGUUGAGCUCAGGCGUACACGGCACCGUCAAGUUUACGCUGGACAUGGCGAUCGGAGAGACAAGCAGGAUCGAGAGCACGGACAAGGACAAGGUCCAGACGCUGGUGCAGAAAGUCAAGGACUUGAACUCGAGGUUGCAGGACGUCAGGAGGGAACAGGUCUUCCAGAGAGAACGCGAGGCCGAAUUCCGCGACCAGUCAGAACACACCAACUCGCGCGUCGUCCGCUGGACACUCAUCCAACUCGUUAUUCUGGGUGUGACAUGCGUCUGGCAACUAUCGCAUUUGCGAGCUUUCUUCAUCAAGCAGAAGCUUACCUAG